GGCAAGAACUCAUUAAUUUUUACAUUUGUUCUAAUUCGUACGAGAUGGGUGGACCGUGGAUGGAGCCAGGUUCUCGAAGAUGAAGUAGACCAGUAACGCAUUCGUUCUCGGAGCCAGGUUCUAAUUCGGGGGUGUGGCCUGCAUUCAUUCUUAAUAUAUACGCACAUUAACGCAUUCAUUCUUUAGCUCAGAGCAUUUGAAGAGCACUUCAGACCGGAAGAACGAUGAAAGCCAGAUUAUGGACGGCUGAACUGAUUUAAGUGGAAGGGCGAAAUGGGAUUUCUCUUUAUUUUGUGAGUGUAACUAAUAAUUUGGAGACUGGAAAUAGAAUUAGCGAGUAAUUCUUCUUCGUCUUCGCUCCAAUGGCUUUGCCUCAGCAGCUCUUGCAUCCCCAUUCUUCAUCGGUAAUCUCGCACAAACCCUACUUAAAUCCUUGUAAAUAUCUCCUUGUAUCACCAUCUCUCCGUCGCGGCCACCAGCGGCGGGGCAACGCCAAUUCUCUACGCUGUUCCGCUUCUUCAUCCUCCGAAAUUCACCACGCUGGUUCCCCCAAGUCGGAUGACGUUACCGAACUCCCACUUUUCCCCUUACCCUUGGUGCUCUUCCCCGGUUCUGUUAUCCCUCUCCAGAUCUUCGAGUUCCGCUACCGAAUCAUGAUGCACACUCUGCUGCAGACCGAUCUCAGAUUCGGAGUGAUCUACUCCGACAGCGCGACCGGCGCCGCCGAUGUGGGCUGUGUCGGAGAAGUUGUGAAGCACGAGCGGCUCGUGGACGACCGCUUCUUCCUAAUCUGCAAAGGUCAGGAGCGGUUCCGAGUAACAGAUCUGGUACGGACGAAACCCUACCUGGUGGCACAGGUGACGUGGCUCGAGGACCGGCCGUCAGAGAACGGAGAAGAGGAUCUAGAGUCUCUGGCGAACCAAGUCGAGACAUACAUGAAAGACGUGAUUCGAUUGUCGAACAGAUUGAACGGGAAGCCGGAGAAGGAAGCGCAGGAUCUGAGGCGGAAUCUUUUCCCGACGCCGUUCUCGUUCUUCGUCGGAAGUACGUUCGAAGGAGCGCCUAGAGAACAGCAGGCGUUGCUGGAACUGGAAGAUACUGGUGUGAGACUAAGAAGAGAGAUGGAGACAUUGCGGAACACUUUGAAUUAUCUGUCAGCCGCUUCUGCUGUGAACGAUGUGUUCCCUUCCUCUUCCUCUCCAUUAGAAUGAAUUACUUAAAGCAUUGAUUGAUCGCCCUCCGUCAAAGUUCAUAUUGCUUCAGAGGUAAGUUCUUAUCUGCCAGGUGCAGAAGCUAUGGACUAAUGAGUAACUGGAAAUGAUAUCCUCUCCCAUACGGGAAUGGACUAACACAUCUAAACUAAUAAUGUUUUGAUCAAGUGGCUAAAUUUUCCUGGGCACCCUACCUUGUUUUGGUAGCCGGGCAGGGAUCUGGUGUCUCCAUUUCAAGGAUAUCGAGGCCCUUCUUUCGAUCUUUGCCCUCCAUUUGCUCAAGGCACCCUGCAUUAAAGGCUCGAGCAGAGGAUCCCAGCCCGCCAGGCAGAGCCCAAUUCGGAGUAACCACAAUGCACCAUUCCACAACCUAUCUAGACCCACCGCGGUUCCAAUUUUGGAUGACUGAUUAUGGGUUUGAGCAAACCCUGUCUAUCAGUUUCGAUUUUGGUUUUCGGUAUUCUUGUUCAAUUGGUUCCAUUACCAGUUGAUUUGGCCUGGUUGCUGACAUGGUUUUUGGAUCACUUCCGUUGCCAUUCCUGCCUGAAACCGGAAAAUAUAUUUGGUUGCUGAGCAAAAUCAGCACUCUCUGCAGUUUUUUUAUGUGGUGGGAUCUGCAGAAGAAAAGUUGGGAUUGAAUGUUAUGAGCCUUUUCUUUGCAAAGUUCCACACUUCCAUCUAAAUAAUUCAUCAUCAUUACUAAAUGGAUAAGAACAAAUUCAUACAAGCCUUCUGUUGGAACUUGGGAAUUUGUAAAAGGUUACAUGAACAAACUUCCAAGUUCCUACUUCUCAAAGUGAACCGAAUUUAACUACCCAAUGUCCCAAUGGUUACUUCAACAAUAACGAACAUUUUGAAAAACGAAAACAACAAAGUUGCUGCCAAACAUCUUGGAUUUUGAUCAGAAUAUAGCUUAGCAAAUUUUAAAUUUACUGGUCUGGUUACACUCGUGGAAUCUAAUUUGCUAUGAGCCUAUGAUUGUGGCUUUUGAUUACACUAGCACGGAUCAUAUUAAACCAGGACACAUCUGAAAGUCUGAAACUACUUAUGUAGUACACGUCCUUUGAAACUCUGCUGUGUUUGAGUAUCUCGUAGGAUUAUUCCUGAAUAUUCUCCCUUUGCGCACAAGAUGCACCUUAUUAGUAUGUUGCCAUGUUGGCAUGUCCGCAUGUGCAGUAUUAUUGUUCAUUUUAUUAACUUCUUUUGAAAAUAUGAAGUUGAUAUGAAAAUAUGUUGAUU